AAAAUGAGUCGCAGAGGAAAGAAGCCUACCCUGGGUCUAGCUCAAAUUCUUGAGUCUAUUCCGAGAAGUUUUGACUUUGAGUAUUGUGCUGUUGCAUCUACACAAACAAGGUCGUUUGUGUUGAAUAAUCUGUCAGCAGGAAUUAUUAAAUUCUCAAUUAAAAAGACAGAGAAUAGUCCUUUUGAAAUAAAUCAUACCUCAGGAGUUCUCCAAGUCAAAGGGAAGCAAGAGAUAGUGAUCAGCUACACCCCUCAAGAGUGUGAAGUUAUUAUUGCUUCUAUAAUAAUCAACCUCAAUGGUGAGGAAGAGAAAAUUGUCAAAUUAUCAGCAGUAUCCAAGCAUCCUCUUCUUAGCGUUACAGACACUUCUUUAGAUUUUGAAGAAUUAUUGGUAGGAAAAUCUGAAGAAAAAGAGAUCCUUGUUCACAAUAUUGGGCAAGUGCCUACAUAUUUCAAAAUUGAGAAAGCAAAGUCUGAAGAUGAAGAUACUUCCUUCUAUGUCACUCCCAAGAAAGGAUAUAUUCCUCCAGGAGAAAGCUAUUCUUUGACAUUCAAAUACAAGCCUAGGCUUGUUAGUGUCUGUUCUAAUGCUCACUUCACAGUUAGAAGCAAAGGGGGAAACAAAAUAGAUGUGAGUUGAUUCGGUGUUGGAAUCGGAUACGAUGUCCAUCUCAGUGCUAAAAGUAUGAACUUUGGAGAGACUUCAUAUGGAAAUACUGUCACUAGACUAAUCAAUGUUGUAAAUAAUAGUGAUCUUGCCACAUCAUUCCAGUUCUUAGUUGACCGGAAAAACAUGUUUUCAUUCUCAUCCACUGAAGGAGUAGUUCAGGCUAGAAACUCGGUUAGAAUUAUUAUCUCAUUUAAUCCCUUAUCAACUGGUAAUUACUAUGAAAGAGUAUUUUGUCUGAUUAGGAAUCAUAAGCUGCUUUAUCUCGACCUCAUUGGAACUUGCUACGAUGAAGUCACAAAGCCUCUUCCUCUAAUGCAAAGGCAUGUGGAGGUGUUCAGAUACAAAGUAAUCAUGGGAAUUCAUUAUAAGAAAAAGCUAGCAGAGGAAGCAGAAGGAGACGAAGAUUCUCUCCAAGAUCUAGAAAUGAACACAUUUGACGAAGAAGCCAAGCUGAAUCUUGAAGUUCCUAUAGAUGAUCCAAAUCAUGUGCUGCAUAAAGAAAUGUUCCUAGAAAAUGACUCAACCUUCAGGGAUGUGUCGAUUCAACAACAGUUUAUUGAUUUCAACUUUUGUGAAUAUGGAAAGUCUAGUGAGGGGCAAAGCAUGACGCUUGAGAACAAACUUCCAUACAAAAUUGAAGUAAGAUUUGUGCUUCCCAGUGCAGAAAAUUCUCAAGGAGAAGAAGUUAAAAAUCCAUUCUCAGUUUCUGAAUUAACAGCUAUCAUUGAUGCAAAAUCUACAAAGAGUUUCGAUCUGAAAUUUAGACCUUUUGAGCCAGACUACUACUUCUUCCAAAUAUUACAAUGAUAUGUAUACCUGUAUAAUGGAAAUGAAAAUAAAGUCAGAAAAGACGAUGGAGGUAACCCUCAAGGUACAAAAACAAUGCUGAAAAGAAGUGCUUUAAGAACCACUAAAGUAUCCAGGUUUGACGAAUCUAUGGCAGAAGAAAUAGAUCCUCCUCUUUGCUUGAAUCUAAGAAUAAUUGGGCACUCUUUCAGUCCAGGCACUCAGCCAUUUAUUCCGAUGGUGAAGUUCUUGCCAAACAUGAAUGUUGUCUUCCCUCCAUGUAGUCCGGGAGAAUCAGUAUACCAAACAAUUAAGAUAUACAACACAAGUGAUACACCUGUAUUCUACAAAAUGCUUCCUGAUCCGACAAAAGUCUUUAGAAUUUACCCACUAAUUGGGUUGAUUCAAGGAAAAAGUUUUGCAUUAGUAUGAUUUGAGUUCAGUCCAAAGUCAGCUAAUCAUUGGAGUUUCACCUCUCAAUGCGUGCUAAAUUAUACCUACACAAAUGUGCAAAAUAUUCAUCUUAGCGGAAAAUGCUUCAAGCCUGAGAUCACUCUUGGGAAUAAAGGAAAGUUAUACUUCCCUCCAACUUACACUGGAGUAUCAAAGAAGCAGUACCUUGUUAUCAAGAAUAACUCCAGGAUUCCACUUGAGUACGACUGCUCUGUUCCAGCCAAAUACCAAGAAGUGGUAAUAUUCGAUCCUCCUAAGGCAAUUUUGCAGGCACAUGAGGAAAAAUAAUGUUGUUUGUACCUUCACGCCUACAGCUAAAAGGGAGUAUAAACUCUCAGUUCCAGUGCAAGUCACUAACAUCUACGACACUACUAAAGAAAUGAUUGGAUAUUUCAACCCUGGCAGCGGAGUUGCUAUCAAAGCUCAACAGAAGAGAGAGCAGUCCAAGUACGAAGUGAGAGUCUAUGGAGUAGGAAAUGACGGAAGCUUAUCGAUCAAGCCCUCAAAACUUGAAUUUGACACAGUCACAGUCGGAUUUACUAAGAUUCUUUCUCUAACUGUGAUCAAUAAGAGCAAGACUAACUUAUAUAUUGAUUUCCAGCUUGACCAAAAUGAUACCGAACAGAAGAGUGAGGAAGAACAACAAGAAAUAAGAAAGAUCGUCAGUGAAAACUUUAAAUUUGAUUUUAAAGAGGGCAUUGUUCCUGCCUUGUCAAAGAAAAUGGUCAAAAUAACAUUCAAGCCUUCCCUAAGAUUCGAUUUUAAAAUAAAAUUAUCUUGUAAUGCAAGAGAGAAACCAGUGAGCAAUCUCAGAUCUACUAUCAAAGCGAAUCAAUUUUUAUCUCAGAAAUAUUCUAUCAAUAUCAUGGCUAAGGGAGAUUUCCCACUCUUGAGACUUGCUGAUAUCAGAAACGAGCAAAUGAGUGUAUCAAAUCUUUGGGAAAAGUUCGAACUUACGUUCUUAAACAAAGAACUUCUAACCGUACUGAGCAAGAGUGAAAUUGAAUAUUCAAGCUCUGAAAGAAAAACUAACCAAAGCGUUCAGGAUCUACAGAAGAAUAUCAAAGUAUUCAGCUGGGACUUUGGAAAAGUUCCAAUCAAAUAUAGCCACAAGCCAAGGAAAGUCACUUUGACUGUCAGAAAUGUUGGAGGUGUUCAUGCUGAAUGGGCAUUCAAACUCCCAAAUGAUUCGGAAAUUGAGCUUGAGCCAUGGGCAGAUCCUGGAGAGCCAACUCCUGAGCAAGCUUUUGAGAAACAUAUCCUGGAUAAUAACAUCUUCAUGAUUGAACCAAAGACAGGUUCUUUAGCUCCAGGAGAACAGACUGAUGUAAAUGUAUAUUAUGUAUCGAAAGAAGUAGAUUUUCAUCACUUGAAGGUAUUCCUACAAAUAAGCAAUGGAAAACCUCUAAUUCUUCAUCUGAAAGGUGAAACUCUGUCUAGGAGAGCCAAUCUCAGACUCUGUAAGGAUGAAUAUCAUAUUCCACCAGUCCCUAUUGGUCUUGAAUGGUCUGUCACCUAUCCUAUCGAGAUCAAGAAUCUUGGUAUAACCAAGCUAAAAUACAAGGUAGAUCUCGAGAACUUGAGGAAACUAAACGAUGAGAACCAUAAUUUCAACAUUUUUGAUAUUGAGAAUCCAGAAGGAGUUCUAAUGCCAAAUGAGGUACAAUACCUCUACUCUGUGUUCAGACCUCUUGAGAGCAAGAAUUAUCACAUUGAGCUUCCUCUCAAAGUAUCUGAUAUUGAAGGAGUUGUCCAAGAUAUUUCAUUGAAGAUCAACGGAGUUGGAUACCAAGGGGAAGAGAACAAACCAAAGGAGAUCCAAUUCUAUGAAGACCUUCCAAAAUGUAGAGCUCACUGCCAGCCAGAUGAUGAAAUCUUAGCAGCAUUUUCAAUUGAAGAGAUCGAUUUUGGAGAAGUUGACCCAGAAGAACCUUCUAAAAGAAUGGUAAUUCUCUACAAUAUGUCUCAUACUCAAAAACUUUCAUUUGAAUUUUUUAAGACAGGACUUCUAUGUACAGACAAUAUUAACCUCAUGCCUAUAUCCGGUGAAUUAGAGCCAAAUUCACACAAGAAUAUCAAAAUGGUUUUGAAGGCUGCUCAGCUCCCAACAAUCUUUGACGGAGAGAUCAUGUGCCAAAUAGAAUGGGAAGAUAAUGCUAAUAGGGGUGUUGGAACAAUUAAUGAGACCCAUACUGGCACUAAGAGUGUAGUCACUCAUGCUAAUGAGAAUGAGUUUUUAUUCAUCCGCCUCAAGAAGAGAUCUUGUCUUGAUAAAUAUGUUAAAAACAACAACUAUGAACUUGCCAAGGAUCCAGUGAAACCAUCACUGUUCUUGAAUAACUUGUUCAUUGAUGCCAUGGAUGAAGUACUAGAAGAUAAAGACACAGAUACUCUCUUUGAGAAGCUUGAGGAGGAGCCAAUUGGAGCUUAUUCAAUGCUCGAUGAGCAAGAGCCUCCUACUUGAAAAGAUGUCACAGAGCAAUUAGAUGAAGGAAUUAAAGAAUACAAGGCAGAAAAUAAUCUAAACGCUAUUGGAUGGAUAGAACAAUUCAGGCAUCCAAGUUAUGAAGAGGAAAUCCAAGCCCAGACUGGAUUAGAUGAAGACGAGCUAUUCUGUAAGAGAAUCCUGCUAGACUCAAGAUACUCCGAUCUCAUAGAGUACAUGCUUGAAGACACAAUGUUCAAUCUCAUGGAGGAAGCUACUUAUGAAGAGUUUGAUCUUUCGCAGAUUCAAAGAACCUACAUAAAAAAGGAAGUUCUUGAAAAUCAAUAAUUUGCUAAGAAUUACAGCUGAAACCCUUCUAAAAUUCUUAUUUU